AUGUGGGGUUCCGACAUAGGCAAGUCAUUAGAUCAAUUAGAUCAAGCUUUCUUUUUGCCAUUGAAUCAAACUGGAAUUGCGGAGCAUCGUGCACAGUAUCUGCAUAUAAUUCAAGCUCUUGAGGAUUUGACCCGGAAAAUAUUCAUUGAGUUCCAGAAUACAAUUGAUCCGGACCCUCUAAAGUGCUUGGAUUCCGCAAUUCUGGCCCGCAGUAAUCAAAUUGCUGGACGUAUUGAGCCGAAUGCUAGCUCUGGGCUGUUUCGGUUGCUUAACGAACUGCACUACUGGAUACGUCUAGGUAGUGAGGUGCCUCAUUAUGCUGCUGAAGCUCAGCGACGCACUCUUGAACUUCACUACCUUUACCAGCUCUGUCUGGUCAUAUGCCGUGACUAUAAUCGCAUAAUGAACUUGCUGAACGGUGAGGAGCGCCUGCUCUUCCGCGAGCGCAUUAAAAUUCUUGACAAGAAGAUCACACCUGGCUUCUCAAAGAUCCACUGGUCUGUACGCAGUAUGGUUGAGCUAUUCGUCAAUGACUGCCGAAUUCAUGCAUGCCGACUGCAAUCGAAGGUAGACGAAUACAAACAGGCAAACUUGGAGAUCAAAGCAAAUUGCGAGCUCAUUGCACAGACAUUAAUGAUUAAGCUGGAAGCGAACCGGGUGUAUGAAAACAAUGAAUUCAAUGAACGUCAGGUAUGA